AUGAUUCCCAGUCUACUAUCAAAAGGGCUCCUGCUCCUGCAGCUCUUUUCCCUAGCUGCAGGGAAGAAUGCCUCGGACUCUAGCACUCCUCGCUACAAAGAUGCCAGCGCUCCAGUAGAGGAGAGAGUUACGGAUCUCCUGGGGAGGAUGACAACCGAGGAUAAAAUGGCCCAAUUGAUCCAAGGGGAUAUCACGAAUUGGAUGGAUGGCACCACUGGAGAUUUCAAUUACACUGGCCUGGUAGAGAAUAUGGAAACAAAAGCUGGAAUGUUCUACGUUGGAUACCCUGUUUCCUGGGAUUGGAUUGCAACCAAUGUGAAAAAAGCACAAGACUACCUGCUCGAGAAUACAAAAUUGGGUAUUCCUGCGCUUGUUCAAACAGAGUCCAUCCAUGGCUUCUUGAUUGGAAAUGCGACUAUAUUCAAUUCGCCUAUCGGAUAUGGAUGCUCCUUCAACAAAGAGUUGGUUGAAAAGAUGGCCAAAAUAAUCGGGCAGGAAGCCCUUGCCCUCGGUGUCAAUCAGCUCUUUGCGCCUGUCGUCGAUCUAGCCCGCGAGUUGCGUUUUGGACGUGUUGAAGAAACGUUCUCCGAAGAUCCAUACCUCGCAGGAGAGAUUGGUUAUUACUACACCAAGGGACUACAGAGCACGAAUGUCUCCGCUACAGUCAAGCAUUUUGCAGGAUUCAGCAAGCCCGAGCAAGGUUUGAAUACUGGUCCAGUUCAUGGAGGUGAACGAGAACUUCGCACAACUUGGUUGCCGCCCUUCAAACGAGCAAUUAUAGAUGCUGGCGCAUGGAAUAUUAUGAGUGCUUACCACUCAUAUGACGGUAUUCCCGCAAUCUCCGAUUACCACACUCUUACAGAGAUUCUGAGAGAAGAAUGGGGCUACGAUUACUGGGUAAUCAGCGAUGCAGGCGCCACUGACAGAUUGUGCACGGCUUUCAGACUUUGCAGGAGCUCGCCGAUUGACAUGGAGGCUAUUACCCUCCAGGCUUUGCCUGCUGGUAAUGAUGUCGAAAUGGGAGGCGGUUCAUUCAAUUUUCAAAAGAUUGCUGAACUGGUCGAGUCCGGUAAGCUUGAUGUUGAGGUCGUUAACACGGCUGUGAAGAGAGUUCUCAGGGCCAAGUUUGAAAUGGGCAUCUUCGAGAACCCAUACCCCGCUGCUCCCAAAUCCGACUGGAACAAACUUAUUCAUAGCUCAGAGGCUAUUGAGCUCGCAAGGGAGUUAGACAAAGAAUCCAUUGUCCUGCUCGAAAACCAUAAUAAUACUCUUCCGUUGAAGAAGAGCGGCAAUAUUGCCGUCAUUGGACCUAUGGCACAUGGUUUUAUGAACUAUGGUGAUUAUGUCGUCUACGAGAGCCAAUAUCGUGGAGUCACUCCUCUGGAUGGGAUUAAAGCUGCCGUUGGAAACGAAGCCCAAGUCCACUACGCACAAGGGUGCGAGCGAUGGAGCAACGACCAGUCUGGUUUCUCGGAGGCCAUUGACGCCGCUAAGAAAUCUGACGUGGCUGUUGUUGUAGUCGGUACCUGGUCAAGAGACCAGAUGGAAUUGUGGCAAGGUAUGAAUGCAACAACAGGAGAACAUGUCGACGUGAACAGCCUAUCCCUCGUUGGAGCCCAGGGCCCUCUAGUCAAGGCUAUUGCAGAUACCGGGGUUCCAACAGUUGUCGUCCUAUCCAGUGGUAAACCCAUAAGCGAUGUCUGGAUCUCAAACUCGACUUCGGCUCUAAUCCAGCAAUUCUACCCCUCUGAGCAAGGUGGAAACGCCCUUGCUGACGUCCUGUUCGGCGACUAUAACCCCUCUGGCAAGCUCUCCGUCAGCUUUCCUCGGUCUGUCGGUGACCUGCCCAUUUACUACGACUAUCCCAACUCUGGCCGCGAUAUCACGGACUCGGGCUAUAUCGAAACCGAUGGAACCCUUGUUUUCGGUCAUCAAUACGUCCUGGGCAAUCCAAACCCGUGGUACCCCUUUGGCUACGGAAAGAGCUACUCGACUUUCGAAUACGGAUCCGUCAGCUUGGACAAGGCCAACGUAUCGGCCUCGGACACCGUUACAAUCAGUGUGGACGUCACCAACACGCACACUGAGCGUGAAGGCACAGAAGUCGUCCAGGUGUAUAUUGUGGAUGAAGUAUCCUCGGUCGUUAUACCCAAUAGGAGAUUGAGGGGUUUCGAAAAGAUUGUUAUUCCCGCUGGAAAGACCAAGACAGUUGAGAUCUCUCUGCAAGUAGAGGACCUGGGGUUGUGGAAUGCGUCAAUGAAGUAUGUGGUAGAGCCGGGUGCUUUUAUGGCUCUAGUUGGAAGCAGCUCAGCUGAUAUCCGGGGGAAUGCGACGUUCUAUGUGCAGUAG